CCCCUGCGGGAAGCGGCGCGGCUUCCUGCGGCGGCGGGGCCGGGGAUAUAGGCGCCCCCGCCCGCCCGCCCGCCCAGCGCCGCCGCCCCUCCAAGCCUGCGCGCCGCGCCAUGGCCUCGCUCCGGGCGGACAGGGCGGCCGGCGGCCCGCGGACCCCGGCGCCCCGCGCGGGGCGACCCUCAGCCCUCAGCCUCCUCCUGCUGCUGCUGGGCGCCGCCCUGCAGCCCCAGGAGUGCGCGGCUCAGCUCCUCACCACCCCGGGCAGCUUGGAGUCUGCAGUGCCCACAGGGAGAAUGGUGACAUAUACCUAUGACGAGAGCAUCUCAUCCUGCUGGGAAGACUAUCAGCGCACCAUGGACCCCAUCAAAGAAGACUGGUGCGACUGGGCCGUCAUUAGCAGCCCUUACAGCGACCUGCAGGAAUGCUUGGAAAGGGGAGCAGAGGACUUUGACCUGGGCUUCCCCAACCCCUGGGCGGAGCAGCUCAUCUUCAAGACUCACCAGACCCACUUUGCCAACUGCACCCCGGAUCAGACCACCUUCUCGGACCCCCCUGAGGACGUACUCCUGGCCAUGAUCAUAACCCCCAUCUGCCUCAUCCCCUUCCUGGUCACGCUGGUGGUGUGGAAGAGCAAAGACAGCGAAGCCCGGACCUAAGGUGGAAUGAGUUUCUCAGCAGCCCCCCUCCUCCCCUCCCUUCCCUGCCCCUGCCAGGCCCCGCUCCCUGUCUCCCUGCCCCCUGCUGCCCCCUCACUGCACACGGAGCCCGAGGUGGGUGGAACGGAGCUGGGUGGGGCCAUGGCACAAGUUCUGUAAUUUUCAGAAUAAAAGGUUUCUUUUGUA